AUUCUAUGCUAAAUAAAGGGGGUUAUUUAAUAAUUGUUGCAGACGAUAUAUACAAGUCAAAUUAGAUUCAUUUUUUUGUAUUAUUUAUAAAUCAUACAUGAUUAUUGUAGAUUUUAUACAAAAUGACCUUAAAAUAUAUUUCAAUUAAUCUUAAUAUUAUUAAAUAUAUUUACUUUUAGUGAUCGUAUUGAAGAAGCUGAUGUUUAUGUUCAAACAGAAAGGCUUCUUGAUCGACCAUCUUCGCCAUUAUAUAUUCCGCAAGUCACUGGUAGAGAUACUGCUACACAAAUCGAAGAAGGAGAUUUAUUUAAUUUUGAUAUUGAAGUCAAACCAAUUGCUGAAGUCUUAGUUGGUAAAACAUCUGAACAAGCUUUAGUUGAAAUUGCUGAAGAAGAAGAAAUAACGAGAAUUCGUGAACAACAUCGAAAAUAUGAAGAAUUACGUAAUUCUGAAUUAAUUGAAUUACAACGAUUUGAAGAACAAGAAAGACGUUUAAGAACUGAAAAAGAACGUCGAACAAAACAAGCAGAAGAAGCACAUCGUCAGGAACAAGAAUUAGCAGAAAAAAUGGCUGCAAGAGCUUUUACAAGAGCUUAUUUACAAGAUCUUGUACCAAGUGUAUUUCAUAAUUUAAGAGAAAAUGGAUUUUUUUAUGAUCCUGUUGAACAUGAAACUGAAUCAACAUUUAUGCCUUGGUUAAUGGAUAGAACAAUGACACAUGUUAAUAAAUUAGUAAUUGGUCGAAGUCUACUUGAUUCAACUAUUCGAGAUGUUGUUAAUCAACGUAUUGAUCAAUAUCAACGAAUAGAUGAGUCCCAUCGACAAGUAAAUCAUAGUAGUAAGAGAAGAAGUACCACUAGAGAAAACAGUGUUCAUGGUUCUGAAAAAAGUCAACAGCAACGUAAAUCAACUUCAGGAGAAUUACGAGAAACACCUGAAGAUAAUAGAGAUGAAACUAAUACAGAUACCUCGUAA